AUGGCUGAACUUGAAGAGCUUAGAGAAAUAUUAUUAUGUAAACGAACUGAACAAGUGGUUCAUCACAAACAGAUGAAUAGAAAAAGAGAAGAACCUAAAUUUAUGAUAGAGAAAUUUCCAAAGAAACAAUUUUCACAACUUUUAAUUCGCAUUUCACAAUGUCAUCUCAUAGUUUGCAUUUUUAAUGAACUUCCUGUGUUUUAUUUCUCACCUCACCAUAAUGAGGUCACUUUAAAAAUUAAGUAA